CUGCAGUUCAAUAUUAAUGUCCCUUCCAGUGUUUAUGCCAAGUAUUAUUUUGAUUUGCGCUCUUUGGCAGAAGCAAAUAACCUGAGUUUUCCUUUGGAGCCCCUCAGCAGGGAUAGGGCAUAUAAACUUGAGAUCCGACCUACUUGAGAAAUGCCAAACCGGUUGAGCCAUCAGGAGCCAGCAGUGCUGUGAAGCUGAUCCAACAUGGAGCACUGGGACUCGCUGGGAUUUUUGGUUGUCACUCUCAACUAUAAUGUGACAAUUAUAGGAAAGCUCUGGCUAAUGCUGGUCAUUCUGCUGCGAAUGGCAGUGGUGGUGUUAGCAGGCUAUCCGCUCUAUCAAGAUGAGCAAGAGCGCUUUGUCUGCAACACCCUGCAGCCUGGAUGCUCCAAUGUUUGCUAUGACUUGUUCUCUCCCAUAUCUCACUUCAGGUUCUGGCUCAUUCAGACUGUGUCUAUCCUGCUACCGUACACUGCAUUCAGCAUUUAUGUUUUGCACAAGGUAGCUAUGUACAUUGUAAGAACGCACUGUUUAGUGUAUGGAUGCAGAGGGAAUAAGGGUUUAUCAAGUCCCAAAGACCUGAAGAAACUCUGUAGGAGUGAUCUUGUCAACAGAUUGGAUUGUGAUGUGGACAGCCUAAGUGUCCCCAAUUUUUCUGGGGCAUACACUGUUCAUCUUUUUUUUCGGACUCUAAUUGAGGCUGCUUUUGCGGCUGCACAGUAUUUCCUUUUUGGAUUUUUUGUUCCUGAGCGCUUUUCCUGCUACCAUUCACCUUGUACAAGUGCAGUUGAUUGCUACAUCUCCCGGCCCACUGAGAAAUCCAUCAUGAUGGUUUUCAUCUGGAGUGUCACCAGUUUGUCCUUUCUGCUCAGCCUUGCUGACUUUGUCUGUGCUCUCCGACGAAUGACAGCAAGAAACCAAAGGAACAAGCUGCUGGCCAACCCCCAUGGGGAGAAUGAGGGCCUUUUAAAUGUUCCCCCAGCACAGUCUGGUAGCUCUUCCCCACCUCAAAAUCAAGACUGUCCAGCAUUGAAUGGCAGCCAAACCAGAGACAGCUCCUGCUCACUGCUCUCUGAAGAGGAAGAGGAUGCCACUCUUCAUCCUGAAGAGAUCUCUCAGCAAGCUGCCAGCACUAACCUUAACAGCAACAGCCAUAAGCCCUGUAUGUCAGGAGAUCUUGCUGCUAAGCAAGAUAGCAUUGAAGAGCCCCUGUGUGCUGGUGACCAGCAAGGAACUGCAUGCCAGCAGGUGAGACCUGGGCUCCAGCAAGGCUUCAUUAAAGAUACUGCCCUGACUUUGAGACCUCAGAUCGAGUCUCACCUUGGAGGUUCCUCCUCUGUAGUUCAGAGCAAGCUUUUAGGAUACUACCCUUCAGUUGAGCUAAAAAACCCUGACGUGCAAUCAAAUUAUAGCAGUACUAGUUGCUUGAGAUCGAAAAAGUCUGAAUGGGUAUAGAGCCCUGAGUGCACCCUAAGCUUUGGGCCAGCAGGAAAGACUGCUGUGCUCCUGUGGGGUGUCAGGCAGUCACAGGGCUAUGGGUGGGAGACUUGCUGCUUUGCUGUACGUGGCUAACCAAAGAAGGAGAAACAAACCCCCCACUGAGGAGGAAGAGAAAGAUCAGAUGAGAAUUUAAAGGAUAUUGCAUUAACUGAACUGUUUUUCUGAAAAUAUAACAUAUUUAUGCUUUUCCAGGUGUAAGUGGCUCCAAACAGCUGUAGACUGUGACUGACCUGUUUUUCUAGGAGUUCAUUUGUACAGUUGUUUGCUCUCACCUGCUGCAAAAGAUUGAACUUAGGAAAGGUGUGACUUCUAAGCAUGGUCACAUGUUGUCCGUGCUCAGAAGGUUAAUUAUCUCCUCACAAUAAACUCCCCAAGCUCACUCUAAGAAAGGACAAAGCAAACAUAGGUAGCAAAUAAAAAUAACUGUGUUGUAGCAAAGAGUUAAUAUGCAAAGAAAGCCUAGAUCUUAAAGAUUUUUUGGUAUUGAAGGCCACACCUGCACUCAUUAACAGCACCACAGCAGUACUUUCUCUGGCCCCGAAGUCAGCUGGCACAGCCUGACCAUGUCUGUGUUACUCAGCUCCAUGAACUCCAAAAUGAGGUGGCUGCACUGUUGGGUGCUGAGAUGCAGAGCUGCCCAGGAAGCGAGCAGCAGCAGCUUGGCAGUGCAAGUGGUGCAACACUGAGUUCCAGUGCCCAUGCCCUAGCACAGUUUACUAUGCAUGAUUUUAGAUCUACUCAUGACAUGUCUACAAAGUGUUACAUCUUAAUCUGAAAUAGUCACACUGGGCUCCCUGUUUCAGCAGGAAGAAUGAUUCAUCUGAUCUGUCCCAGGCAUCCCUCACAUUAACAUGAGUCACCUUUUGGAUUUACCUAUUUCUACUAUGAUAUGAUUACCCCAGACCUGAGCUUAGGGAAAAUGAUUUCUAACCCCAGAGAAGGAUACAGCAGCAAUAUCUAUGCAAAAGUACUCACCCUCUGUGACUGACAGACACUAAUCAUUGGAAAUCAUGUCUAAAUGGGGUGAAUCACAGAAUAACUUACUGCUGUCAUGCUUUGUGCUUUCCUUCGAUGUUAAGCCUCUUGCAUUUACAUAAGCGUGGUCCAGCAGUGAAGCACGGCAGUGCGUGAGCUGAAUUUCCUUAUACCUGGUAAGUGAGUGGGGGCUGAAGGCUGCGUACACCUGCAGAUAUCAGUGGGGGUGGGUGCAGAGCAGCACGUGCUCAGGGAAUGCACCAACAGAAGAGCCUUUACACAGGCUGCUCAGCAGGGUGGCACAGGCUGGUGUUAGCAGCCUGGAGCUGGAGCAGCUCCCACUCCUCUUAGACAUGCAAAGAGAAAAGAGGCUCAGACCCAAUCCAGAUCUCACUUAGCCAUACAACAAGUGCCUGUAAUGAUUUAACCACUGGUUCCUUGCUGCAACAGCAAGGGAAAACAUCUUUCAUGUUUGUCCUGUUCUCUCCUGUGGGUGCAUGUGCCUUUGGGACAGUCUGGCUCACAACUCUGUGUAUCAUUUCUCACACAUAGAAGGUAAAGACCAGCACUUAAUGAUCCCUCGUCUUCUCCAUCCCUUCAGAAACUGGGAAGCUUAACAGAUGGACAGAGCUACUCUUUGGAGGCAGAAUUUACUUUUGUAAAGUAGCCUGCAACCCUGAAGAGUGCUAAAGAAGGCCUUCAUUGCUGCUUUCUAAGUAAUCUUUUCCUCUUCAUUAGCUGUAUUUGUUUCUUUUAUCAUGUGUGCUUGCUGUAUGUUUUGUCAUUUCCAGGACAGAAGCGGCAUUAAUUAUUAAAUUUAUCAUAGGCAGAAAAACAUUAAAUAUUUAAAUUCCUCAUCCUCCAAAGCCCCUGUAAUGGGGUCUGUGCUGAUUACCCACACCAGAACUAAACACUGCAACAAUGAGACCUUUUGUGAUUCACUGCCUCUCCUCAGCUGCGAGGAGGAAUGCAAGGAACAAAUGUGGAUUCAGGCUGUCGCGUACAUCCCUCAGUGUGAGAUAUAAAUAGGAUGGGAUAAAUAAUAAAUGCACUGUGGCUGUACACAGUUUGCUUAUUUGUGUCCUUAGCUAGACAUCUUUUAGAGGCUCAUUUUGAAACGAGAAGAUCCUCUUUGUGUCUGGAAUGGAAAGUGAAAUGGGUGAAGAUCUCCCUUAUUCUGUUUGUGGUUCCUGGUUGUGAGACUGCGGCCCGGGUUUGUGCCGCUCGGCUGCAGACCUGGCUGCUGCAGGGCUUCAUGCACCCUUCAACUCCUAACAUAAAUACCUGUGCACUAACACUGCAGGAUUUGCAUGGUACAAGUGGGAACAGAUAUUUCUGGCAUCAACCACUCACUCCUUAGGGAAUGUCUCCAAGUCUUCUAAUAACUCCUUGCAAGUUUUGUUUAUUAAAUUACAAAGGCGCCAUUUUAGAAGCUGGAUGGAUUUACGAGCAAGAGAAGACCAAGGGAAGAUGUGUGGAGAUGUUUGUACUGUUCUGAGCUUCCCCAGCUCAAGCAAAAGACAUUGCUGGUGGGGUAUCUGCAGCGAGAAGGAGGAAGCACAACAGAUCUCUUUGAAUGAAGAAACAGAGAGGAUUGCUCCUCUCCUUAUAUUCUCCUUAUUUUCAGUAUCACUGGUUGUUAAGGUACUAUGAUAAUACUUACAUGUCAUAGAGAGAGAGUAAAGGAGAAAUAGUUGUAGAGCAACGAAGUAACAAGAUUUUGUUCUAUGUAAGCAAAGAUGUAGGGUUCAGACAUGUUACUUGAUCUUCUGAGUCCUUCCAGAACACACUUUGUAUUCAGAAAAAUAUUGCACAACCUGCUUGUUAGAUUUGCAAUGUGUCUUUAUAACUCUUCUUAACCCAGCUACUCCAGAAGAGGCAUUUCUGCCUGACCACACCACGUUCCUACCAAUGCCCUUAGGAGGCUCUGUCUUGCGUUCAGCAAGGGCUGCCAGAACCACGGGGCAGGCACUCUGGUACUCCAGCAGGAUGCUGCAGACCUGCACCUUCUGUGUUCUGUAUGCAGCAAAACCAAGCAUCCCUGGAGUUUGGGCAGUAUCAGCAUGGUUAAGAAAGAAGAGCAGCAAAGCAUCAGUUCUGCUUUUAAAAAACAUUUUCAGAACUUUUUUGUUGUUGUUGUUGUUUGCUUUGUUUUAGUUUGGAAUAUGUUUUUUAAUACCAAAAUAAAAGCCAAACCCCAAGUGUCAA